UCCAUGAUAGUGUCAUGUCAACCAUUCAAACCUCGCAAGUAAUGUUUCGAUAGUAUCACAAACGGAAUUCCACCUUCCUGUGGCUACCUCAGAGCUCUUCAGAGGUGCACGCCUCACGUGACCUGUGACGUGACCCGGACUCCCCUUGCCAACAGAAAAUGGCGUCCCUGGUUACACGGAAGCGGGUGACACGCCCCCGACUGUGGGUGUCGUUUGACAAGAAAAGAAAUGAUUAUGCAUCCGUGUCUGGUCAGUCCAGAUAAAAGUGGUUCCAGUUGGUUGUGGAAUCCAUUAACCUGGUUGCCAUGACGAAGAAGAACAAACAGAGUAAGUACCAGACCUCGAGCACUAGCAAAGUGCGGGUGCUUGAGGAUCAUCCGCUGAAACAUGGUGGGGGGAUCUGUCCUACCAAUCUUAAGGAACAGAAGGAACGCUUUCUCAGACAUGGCAAGACCCCGGACUUCCAUCACACGGACAGUUCUGAGGCUGUCCAGGAACUGACCACCAAGUCAAAAGGCCAGAUUCGGUUUGAUCUUUUGUCAGAAGCAGAAUAUGUCCUGGAAACUGUGAGGAAGAAAUUUGGCGGGGGAGAGAAUUUUCUGGCUCAGGCUUAUGGCAAAAGGUUAACGCGAAUUGAAGCGUCUGAGAUUGUCACAUCUUACCUGGAGGAAAAUCUUCUGAAUGAUGCCCUCACGCUGAUCUGGUGUAACGACCUUCCAUGCAGUGCCCGGAUGGUAUGGCAGGGUCCCCUGCUUAAGUGUAACCGCCCAGAAGCAAGGAAGUACUCACUGUGGCUCAAUGGCUCUUUGGAGAACCCGUAUGUUCGAGAACAAGGAAUUUGCUGUCUCAUGGACCAUGAAGUCGGCACACAUUUUUUCCGGAUGUACAAUGAUGGCCUUCAGCCUUGGUUCUCAGACAGGAAGAGGUUUGGUCUACGUGGGAUGAGCUCAUUUGAGGGCAUGUGCACUGAAGAAGGUCUGGCUGCCAUCCAUACCGCACUGCGGGCCAACAGCAACUUCCUGUAUCUGCCUGCUCUUGUGUACUAUACAGCAUGCAAGUCAGCAGAGAUGACCUUCAAGCAACUAUUUGAUCAUCUUGGUCGCUACAUUUCUAACCGUGAACAACGUUGGAAACAUGUGAUGCGUGUCAAGCGUGGCCUCUUGGACCCAAACGACCUGGGAGGAUACGGGAAGGAUCAAUGUUACUUUGAAGGUGCUGUGCGGAUUCUGCGGAAUGUCGAUGCUAUUGACUUCCACUUGCUGAUGAGUGGUAAAAUCUGUGUAGAUGAAAUCCCUCGCAUUAAGAGAAUUGCAAGAAUGGACUGUGUAAGAAUUCCUUGUUUCAUGAAAAAUGUAGACUUGUACAAACGCAAGCUGCGUCAAAUGGCUGAACUGAAUGGCCUUCACAUCGAACACCCAAAGGUGACUCCUCCACUUGCCUACAUCAAGCGUCUCAAACAGAGACAAAGCCGAGUUGGUGUUGCUGGAUCCUCCAGUGGGACUAGGCGCAAGGUGAGGAAACGGUUUAAGAAGAAAAAGUCCUCUGGUAGAUUGACUAACACUAAAAGGUAUGAAGUUAAAAUAUUUUUACCCCCUGUAGGCAGUCAGACCGAAAAGGAAGAAAGCAAAAACCACAUAAGUGGCAGCAACAUGGAGUGCAAUAGAACUAAUAUGUUAGAUAGAUGUGUUCCACAUACAACAAAACUGUCAGGAAUUGAUCGGCAGUUGGAGAUGUCUCCGUCCAGUCCAGCCGGAUCUUCAUGUGAUAGUAGAGUUUCGUCUAGCCUGUCUGACACGCAGCUGUUGAGAGGGUUACCCCCCUUUCCUUAUCGAGUACCCCUACCGCCUAUCAACUCACCAAGACAAGAUGAGGCAGACAUACAGAUUCAAAAUGACAGGGAUAUAAACCAGCGAAGUGAUACAGAUGUACAAAGUCAAGAUGGCACCAGGAAGCACCAGGAAGAUGUUGAUGAAGCAAGUGAGACGAUCCAGCAAAAGACAGAGCCCAGUUCCUCAAAAUCUGGGACAUCAGAAAAUCUUCAGUUCAACAGCUUAUUGUUUCCAGAUGUGUCCUUCGCCAAUUCCACUGCCAACAUCAACAUUCGAGGUCUCCAUAUUGAGGAUCACUUUGCCAACUCUUCUGAUGGAGUGACAUCCGAUGAUGAUGAUGGAUCUGAUGAUGAUGAGAUAUACUAACAACAUUAGCAUCAUGUGUGUUUAUGCUGGCCAUUCAAGCUUCUGUGCAACUAGGGACAACAGUUAAGAGACUUUAAGAAGCAUUUUAUCAAAGAUAAUCCUCAGUGUAUGGUCUCUGAGGAAAAGUACAACCAGUACUCAAAAAGGUCAUGCACUGCAUGACGUAUGAGGAAAAGUUUUCAGUACUGGUGUUUGAAUUUGUUCAUGUUUGCAUUUCAACAUGAAUUAGGCUCAAGAUCUGAAAGAAUAUUUUGCUAUCAGCAAUCACAAUUAUAUCUAUAUUUCAUAAAUGAUUUUAAGGAAGAUUUUGCCAGGAAAAUGACACAUGGGGUAAUUUUUCUCUUUUUAUACAUUUAUAAGUGUAAUGUUUGUUUUUGACUAAUUUAUGUUAUAGAAAUGCCGAAGAUGCCUCAUAAGCAAUAGGUUCUGUGCAUUUCAUGACACUAAUCACAUUUUAUGUGAAAUCAGUGUAAUCAGUUGUCAGGACGACAGCUGCAGGACCCUGUACUCUGGCCUCAGUUUUACAGGGGCUAGGAGUUGGUGCUGACUUGUGGACAUCUUCAUUAGAGUGAAUGCAUCUGGUAUGACAAAAAUUGAUGUAUGUGUUUGGUGUGACUGACUUAAUGUAUGCUACUGUUUUCAUACCAUCACAGUGAACUAAGUCUGCAUUUGAAAGCCAAAACUUUAGCCAAUAGUCUUUUUUCAUUGGUUAAUUGUGCAUGCAUAGUGUUUACAUUUUCAUCUAUUUAAAUGCAUGUAUAUUUGUUAAGUUUUUUAUUCAUCUUUUUCCUCCUAUUCUGCAGCUGAAUUAUGUUUCAACAUAUGUGAGGUGUCUUUAACUAAUUAAGUAACAUUUUGACAAGCUGCAAAGUUACAUGUGCUAUGAUCACACAAUUCACACUCUCUUUUUCAACUGACAAACUGGUGGAGACAGACAGAACAUGCACAAUCUCUCCCAGAUGUUUCUUAUUACUUUCCGUUUCCUUGUAAGAAUAUGAUAGUAUACAGUAUUUUUUGUUGACAAUGUGAUUGAUUAUCAUUGAUCACAUUGAUUAGGUAUACACAAAUUUUGUAGCUGUUCUGUGGCACAGGUUUAGUACCAUUUCUAUUACUUCCUUACAUCAGAUUACUCUUGUGCCCAUGUAGUGUGGCAUGCACUGCUUCUUCACCAAUUAUUAGGUAUUGGUAGUAUCUUAGACAUUUGGUAAAGGGCAUCAAUGCCACACAUUUCCAAAAGUUGAUUUAAACUUCAUAAUAUAUGAAAAAGGAGGAGUUGUCCUUGUCCUUUUCCCAGGUAUACUACUCAAACGAAGGACACCAGAUUCAUUCAUAUCACUAAAGUUAAUGUGUCCUGGCAUGCAGAUGAACUAGUCAUAUGAAAAAUCUCUCGUGAACUUCUUUGAGUACUAAAUAUGAUGGUUGUGAAAGUUGAGGGUUUAGUGCCCAAAUAUGGACUAUGUACUAGUUAACCCAAGUGGUGAGUGUGAUGUAAUGCUGGUCACCUGGGAUCUCUUAUAAACAAGGAGUUACAAUUGAUUUGGAUUGUUUUUUAAAUGUUUUAUUUACAAUGGUAUUUUUUAAAUCCCUUUUCAUAUUUGUUUGUUUGCAUAGAUCGUGUAAUCAAGUGUGUAUUUCAACUAACUGAUUUAUAUUCUAUUUCAUCCAAAGCUAUUUUAUUGCUCAAUAAUUUCCACUGGUAAAUGUGGAAUUAUGUAAACCAAAGACUCAUGACAAUACUUCGACCAAACAUUGACAGACAAGACAGUAUUACUAUAAAUGUGUAUAAUAAUUAAGAUAAUUUUAAAGACAAAGAAAUCAGCAUGACAAUUUUGAUGGUCAAGGUGCUCAUCUUACUUCCAUACAAUUAUUGCUACAUCUAUCAUAUCUAUCAGAGAUCCAUCAGAGUGAAACUCUGGAAACAGAUCCUCCAUAGAUCCUAUCUAUCAGAAAAUCUUCAGCUUCAGACAGUCAGUGUGAAGCCCAUUUCUGGUGUCCCCCCACCGUGAUGUUGCUGGAAUAUUGCUAAA